AUGGCUCUUGUGUUAAGAUUUGUUGAUAAAGAUGGUUUAAUACAAGAGCGAUUUUUUGAUAUGAGAUGUGUUACCAGCACUACAUCUUUAAGUCUUAAGGAAGCGGUAUGUGAUAUACUUUCUCGACAUAACCUUGAUGUUUCUAACCUUCGUGGUCAAGGGUAUGAUGGUGCAAGCAAUAUAAGAGGAGAAUGGAACGGUUUACAAGCAUUGUUUAUGAAGGAUUGUCCUUAUGCAUACUACAUCCAUUGUUUUGCUCAUAGAUUACAACUUGCCUUGGUUACUGCAUCAAGAGAAGUCAAACCAAUUCAUAAAUUCUUUGAGAAACUGACUUUUAUUGUCAAUGCUGUUUGUUCUUCUCCUAAGAGACAUGAUGAGUCACAAGCUGCCCAACUAAAAGAAAAUGAAUAUUUGUUGGAAAUUGAAGAGAUUGUACCUGGUAAAGGUGCAAACCAAAUUGGUACUGUGAAACGGGCAACAGAUACUCGAUGGGGAUCACAUUUCAGUUCUAUUUGUAGCUUGAUCCGCAUGUAUGAAGCAACUUGUUUUGUUUUAAAAAAAAUUGCAAAGGAAGCAACAAAUUAUUCUACAAGUGGGAAUGCUGACAGUGCUUACAAUUACUUGAAGUCAUUUGAUUUUAUAUUUAUCUUGCAUUUGAUGAAAGAAAUUAUGGGGAUAACAGAUGUGCUUUGUCAAGCCUUGCAACUACAAGCUCAAGAUGUAGUUAAUGCUAUGUUUCUAGUUCGUAACACAAAAACUCUUAUUCAACAAUUGAGAGAAGAUGGUUGGGAUAAAUUACUUGCUAAUGUGAGAUAUUUUUGUGUAAGACAUGCUAUUGAGAUUCCUGAUCUCGAUGAUUUGCAUUCAACAACAAGAUUUGGACGCUCUCGUCUCGAAGAGAACCAGGUAACAAUAGAGCACUAUUUUAGAGUUGAAAUAUUUUUUACUACCAUUGAUAAACAAUUACAAGAGUUGAAUAGUAGAUUUAGUGAGGAGGCAAUGGAUUUGUUAACUCUAAGUUGUGCUUUGACUCCUAAGGAUAGUUAUAAAGCUUUUGAUGUUGAUACUAUUUGCACUCUUGUUGAUAAAUACUAUCCCAUGGAUUUCAAUGAUCAAGAGAAGAUUCACUUGUGUUAUCAACUCGAGCAAUUCAUUGUUGAUGCCCGCAAAGAACCAUGUUUGAAGAAUUUAUCAACUAUUCAAGAAUUAUGCUCGUGUUUGGUUGCAACUGAGAGGAAUAAAAUUUACUUCUUGAUUGAUAGACUACUCCGCCUUAUCAUGACUCUUCCAGUUUCUACAGCCACAACUGAGAGAUCUUUUUCAGCAAUGAAGAUUAUCAAGACUAGGUUGAGAAACAAGAUGGGAAGUGGGUUUCUAAAUGAUACCAUGACAGUUUAUAUCGAAAGGGAAAUUAGUGCAAGUAUUAGUUCUGAGUCAGUUAUUGAUGAUUUCAAGUUAGUUGGAUCGCGUAACGACUUAUUUUAA